AAGAAAAAUUAAGAUUCUUGCCAGUGGCCACGUGGGACCUUCAGUAAUGAGCAAAGUGAAGAAGAAAGCAGGGAUUCAUCAAUCUCUUACACAGCAGAUCUUGGGAAGAGAUGCUCCUAAAGCUACGACACGUAAUAAAGCAAAGAAAUCCGAAAAACGAGAGCAGAAUGAGGAAGUGGUGGGGGAGAGAAUGAGUGUCAAAAUUCUAAAAGAAGCACGACUACAGCAAGAAGAGUUGGAAGAGGAAUAUGGGAUCGGUGUACCCUCUAUUAAACAAAAGAGUACAACUGAUAGAACUACAACAAUGGAUUCCAGUGAUGAAGAGCAAGAUGAAGAUGAACUAGUGUUUGAUGAGUGUGACAUUAAAGUUGACGAAGAGGAUGAGAAAGCAAUGAGACGUUUUAUGAGGUUAGAAGAUGCUCAGCAACAAAAGACCCUCGCCGAUUUGAUCAUGGAGAAGAUACGAGACAAGGAAACUGAAAUAUCAACUAGAUAUUCCGAUCAUGCGUCUACCAUAGUAACCUCUCAAUUUGACGAGAGAGUCGUUCAAGUUUAUAAAUCAGUUGCGCUGAUCCUGUCUAAGUACAGAGCUGGGAAGCUACCAAAAGCGUUCAAGGUUAUACCAUCACUGACUAACUGGGAGGAAAUACUUUAUCUCACAGAGCCGGAUAAGUGGUCAGCUGCCUCCAUGCUUCAAGCAACUAGAAUCUUCUCAUCUAAUUUAAGUGCCGUCAAAGCUCAACGCUUCUACAACUUAGUACUCCUUCCUCGUAUUCGUGACGAUAUCACUGAAUAUAAAAGGCUCAACUUUCAUCUCUACAUGGCACUGAAGAAAGCUUUAUUCAAACCUGCUGCUUUCUUUAAGGGGAUCCUCAUACCAAUCUGUCAGUCGGGUACUUGCACUCUUCGCGAGGCUCUCAUAAUUAGUAGCGUGAUAGCUAAAAUAAGUAUCCCGUUAUUACAUUCUUGUGCUGCGUUACUAAAGAUUGCCGAGAUGGAGUAUUCUGGUGCUAAUAGUAUAUUCAUUCGUACACUAUUGGAUAAGAAGUAUGCCCUGCCCUACAGGGUCAUUGAUGCUGUGGUUUUCCAUUUUUUGCGCUUCAGGCAAGACCCUCGAGACAUGCCUGUUUUGUGGCACCAGAGUUUACUGACUUUCGUUCAAAGAUAUAAAGAAGAUAUAUCCUUUGAGCAGAAGGAGGCUUUGCUGGAGUUGUUGCGGCUUAAGCCUCAUAUUGAGAUUACUGGAGAAGUCAGGAGAGAGAUUGUUCACUCAAAAUGUCGUGAUGUGGGAUCUUUGUACAAUGACAUUUGCAAGAAACAAAUGGUUGUAGAAUAAAAUCAUUUUUUAAUUAGUGAAGCCAUAUUGUUAUUGAUUUAUUAUUUUUUGUUAAGUCAGCUGAGCUCAUGUGCUCUGGGGAAUUCCCUCUUCUGAGGUGGCAAUAUAA